GCACAUCUUCAAUGUUGUCAAUAUUUGCUUUGCUCAUUUGAAGCUGUUUCACAUCACAUCAUCACUGAACUUGUUUAAUUUAACUACCGGUACUGUACCACGGGGACUCGACUGGGAACAGCUACAACAUCAAUAGCACAUGCCAAACCAACAGAGCCCCCUAAAUGGGUAGAUCUAACUGAAUAUUCAAUAUUCCAAUUCCAUUGGCCGAUUGGGCAUUGCCAUUGGUGUAUUUUUAACGAAGGAUGGGAAAAGAUAAGCACCGGCCCCAUAGGGACCGAGAGGAGGAUCAUGAAGAGAAAGGAAGUAGGUCAUCAAAAAAGGAAGACUGGCAUUCCAGCAAGCAUCACAAAUCUUCUCACAGGCACAAAAAACAUGAGAAAAAACAUCAUCAUAGGUCGAAGUCAGGAGAUAAGGAACAUAGUUCAUGGUCUUUAGAUAUGGAUCACUCACGUUAUAGAUCCAGGUCACGUGGUGAGGAACGAUCACAUCAUAGAUCACCUGACAAAGGACAAUCACAUAGAUCUAGGUCACGUAGGUCUAGGUCACGUGGUGAUGAACAGUCUGAUCGUCAUAGACCCAGACCUCGUGAAGGGAAACCGUCAAAGCAUCAUCACCCAUUGCCUGAUAAAAAACCGUCUCAUUAUAGAUCUAGCUCACAUGAUGAUGGCAAAUCACGGCGUCAUAGAUCAAGAUCACUUGGUGAGAGACAGUUUCAUUAUAGGUCUAGGUCACGUGAUAAGGACAAAUCUCAGCAUCAUUUGUCCAGAUCACGAAAUAAAGAACGGUCAUAUCAUGGAUCUAAAUCAAACGAUACAGGACAGAUACAUCCUAAAUCUGAGUCAGUUGAUACGGAGGAACCGUCUGAUCAUACAUCUGGAUCAUACAAUAAGGAACAGUCAGUUGAUACGGAGGAACCAUCUGAUCAUACAUCUGGAUCAUACAAUAAGGAACAGUCUAGAAAUGUUAGGGCUAUGUCACGUGAAAAGAAACGGUCUGAUCAUCGUCAGUUUAGGUCACAUGAUGGAGAACAAUCUCAGUUUCAUAGAGCUAAAUCAUUAGAUGAGGAAUGCUCACAACAUGCUCUAUUGCUUUCAAAAGCCGAUCAGCUGCCAGAAUCUGAUGCAGAUACUAAUGCAAGGAUCUCCGAUGCGGACGAUGACCACGAGUUCGACUUUCAGGCUCACAGAUUCGAAUUGAAUAAGAUGUUUUUCAGAGAUGAAGAUCUCAUUGUCAGGGGCACUGCAGAAUACCGUGACUUUUGGACCUUUGUAGAAAAAUAUCAGAAGUUCAAAACGUUAAAGGUUUCCCAAGCAAGACAAGAUCCGAUCAGUAAAAGAGAAAAAUCUGGAAGCAACAAGCUUAACUUGCCGAAAGAGUAUGACAAGCGCUACAGGAUAAAUGUGUCCAUCAAGACAAGGGAUAUAAAGUCAUGGUAUCGGGAAGGACCUGAGAGGGAAGACCGUGAGGAACUGACCAGGAGAAGACUCGCACAAUUUAGAGGCAUUCUCCUGCAUUACAUUGACUUUUGUCAAAAACAGAAGUUCGCCAAGCUUGCCAAAAUCAAGAAAGACCAAGCCAAUCUGCCCAUGUAUCAGUAUAAGCAGACGGUGAUUGACACGUUGAAGAACUACCAAGUUGUGGUUGUUGCUGGUGAUACUGGCUGUGGCAAGUCUACCCAGGUCCCUCAGUAUCUCCUUGGAGCAGGAUUCAAGAAGAUUGCGUGCACACAGCCGAGGAGAAUAGCCUGUAUCUCCUUGUGUAAGAGGGUAGGUUAUGAGACCCUCAAUGAGUUUGGAAAAGAGGUUGGAUACCAGGUUCGGUUUGAAAAAAGUAAAAAUCUUGCUACAAAGGUGUUGUUCUUGACAGAAGGUCUCCUGCUGCGACAGAUGGCAACUGAUCCAUUACUUUCCAUGUACGAUGUGAUCGUCAUUGAUGAAGUUCAUGAGAGACACAUACACACUGACUUCCUCCUCGGGGUAUUAAAGUAUCUCAUCCAGCAUCGUGAUGACCUCAAGGUUGUCUUGAUGUCUGCAACCAUCAACAUUGGACUGUUUAGUGGAUAUUUUGAUGACUGCCCAGUAAUCAAGGUACCUGGUCGCCUCUACCCCAUCCAACUCGAGUAUUGCCCAAUCAAACUCGACGAGCAGACAGGAAAAACAGAACGACUCGAUCCGCGACCAUAUCUUCGUAUCAUGCAGCUAAUCGAACACAAGUACCCAACAACGGAGCGUGGUGAUUUGUUGAUUUUCCUGAGUGGCAUGACGGAGAUCAUGACGGUUGUUGAGGCGGCCAGGAUGUUCGCUCAGCAGACCAAGCGAUGGAUUGUUUUACCUCUUCAUAGUGCGCUGUCAAUCAGUGAACAGGAUAAGGUAUUUGACAUUGCUCCUGAUGGUGUUCGAAAGUGUAUCGUCUCCACUAACAUUGCCGAAACAUCCGUCACCAUCGAUGGUGUACGCUUCAUCGCAGAUUCUGGAAAGGUGAAAGAGAUGAGUUUUGAUCCCAAGUGUAAGAUGCAGCGGCUUCAAGAGUUCUGGAUCAGUCGGGCGAGUGCUGAGCAGAGAAAAGGAAGAGCUGGUCGUACCGGACCAGGCGUCUGCUUCAGGAUGUAUGAUGAAUCUGACUAUGAAGCAUUUCAAGAAUAUGCCACUCCAGAAAUACAGCGAGUUCCGCUGGAUUCCAUUGUCCUGCAGUUGACUGCCAUGGGUCUCCCUGACACAAGAAAGUUUCCUUUUAUUGAGCCUCCAGCUGCUGAAAGCAUAGAGAAUGCCAUCAUAUUCUUGAAAGAGCAGGGUGCUCUAUCGGAGGAGGAGCACCUGACCCCCAUUGGUGAGAUGUUGUCACGGCUGCCUGUUGAUGUCAUCAUUGGCAAGAUGCUGAUCAUGGGCGCAAUAUUUCAUAUGAUUGAUCCUGUCCUGUCCAUUGCUGCAGCCAUGAGUGUCCAGUCUCCAUUCACACACAAGGCCUACCAAGACCAUGAUGCCAUUGCAGCAAGGAAGUCCUUGGAGUCCGAACAUGGUGACCCGUUGACGUUACUAAAUACAUUUGAUGAAUGGCUACAGGUGAAAGCAGACGGACACGGUAGCAAGAAGUGGUGUCGCAGACGAUGUCUUGAGGAGCAGAGAUUUUAUGAGAUCACCAAACUCAAGCAACAGUUCAAAGACUUGUUAAAGGACCACAAACUGAUGCACAAUGACAAGGACAUACCUCGCUAUUACACCAGUGAGGAGAGAAAGAAGCGACACGGUGACAGGAAACGCCUCUGGGAACUCAAGAAGGAAGAAGACAAGAAUAGAAAGAGGAGGAAAGUCCUGAAACUCGAUGCAGAUGAAUACACAAUUGAACAAUCGGGGGAUGAAGAAGGGGAAGAAGAUGUUAAAGACCUUGAGUUCCGUCUGACACACGACCUGGAUAAGACAGAAGAUCAAUCGAACUCUGUCCGAAACUUCACGUAUCGAGACAUCACCAUGUUGAAGGUGAUCCUGUGUAGUGGGCUCUACCCGCAGGUUGCUAUUGCUGAUGAGUGUAACUCAUAUAGGCGAGAUUCAGAUCAGGCAUUUCAUACUAAGAUGAAACCCUUUGUCCUCCUCCAUCCGAACAGUACCUUUGCACAUCAGCCUGAUCUUCUUGAACUGAAGCUCAGUGAUAAGGAAUCUGCUAUGGAAAAGAAGGAAAUCUUCUCCCACAAGCAUGAGUUGCUGCUUUAUGGCUCCCUGCUCGAGACAACCAAACCAUACCUAUGCAACCCAAUGAGAGUCCCUGCCCUCCAGACACUGCUGCUAUAUGCCCAGAGCUUAGACACAAACAGUGAUUUGACCAGGAUCAUAUGCGAUGGUUGGUUGGAAAUUAAAUUUGCUGACGUCGAGAGUGCCGAGCAGAGCGUUUCUAGUGUCAUCCACUUGAGGACCACGUGGCACAAUGUGCUGACGUUGAGGUUAAAGGAUACAUUUGAAAAGAUGGAUAAAGAUGCACCAGUUCAACCAGCAGCUAAAAGACUGGAGCGGAUUCUGGCCACCAAGCUCACCGAGUUCCUUGAUAGUAAAGUGGAGUAUUCUGUGAGGAAGGUGUUUGCUGCUGAGAUGAAACACAUGUACCGAGGCAUGGAGAAGGCUGCAACCAGUUGUGAUUCCAAAACAUUGGAAGUGUUGAAGGACGUGAUGAAGUCCUCAUCUGGCAGUCCGCAUCCUGUCAAAGGGGGAAAUAGGAUCAACCACUAUCUCAACUACGACUGUCUGCUAGAUGCAGCCUCAGCUUCAGUGUGGGGAGAGUACACCACUUACCUCCAGAAACACUGGACCUGCCCCAAAUGUAAUGAGACCAUGAUAGUCACAGUGAUGGAGAGGUUGACGCACCAGGCAGAGUGUGGCGGCAAAGAUGAGGAGGCCAAGAUGGAAGAGCAGGAGGAGGAAGAGACCAAACAAGCUCAGCUUGACCCGUUCAGAAAACCUUAUUCGUGUCCCGUUUGUGAUCAGGAGUUUUUAUUUACUCCAACAGAGAUUCUUAAACAUAGGAAAACACAUCAAACGACUGCCGUCAAAUGAUAGAUCAAAGAUGGGCUCUACCACUACUUUGCCGUAAAGUUCCUACCAUUGACCUUGACAAUAGGUUUGGUUGUUCCCUCAAUGAAUGGACUAACGGAUCAGGAAAUUGUGCAAAAGCUCAGAAGGAAUCAUAAUGUGUAAAAUUAUGUGGUUUGUAGAACCACUAUGCACAGACUUGUUAUCAUGAAUUGUUUUUGUUACCAAUAAAUCGUUUCUAUUA